GGAGGAGGUGGUGGUGGUGGAGAAGUGGGCCAGUAGCGAGUAAAAGAAAGCACAUCCCACUGUUUUAUGGUAUGGUUUGGUCUGGAAUGGUAGAGGGGGAGCUAGGGGGGGAAUGAGUCUUGGUCGGCUUGACCGGGCGGGAAUAGACCACUCGGCCAGGCUUCGAGUGGAAGCUGCUGGGCGAGUCGACGACUUUCGCUUUUCCUGAUCGUCUGCUGGCUAUAGUUCGAUUUUUUUGCUUGCCUGGGUGUCAUACUCCAUCGAAGCGUGUGAGAGGGAUUGUUGACGACAUUUCUUGCGGAAGCAGCUGAUAGCGGUGAGUCGUCGUCUGGAGAGUGGAGGAUUUGAGAGUGCGAGGGGUCGCAGUGAAGUGCACUGCACUGGCAGAAAUACUCGUGAGCAGCCUUUCUAUGUAGUUUUGGCGUUGGCUCUUGAUUUUUUCAAGUCUUUGUGAAGACGUCGUGCAGUCGUAAGUUUGGUUUAUUCUCUAGAAGACUAUUGAUCAAAGAAGCUGAUUGCUGGGGGGUAAUAAACGUUUUGAAGGCGAGGAUUCUCGUAAGAGGUUGUAGUCGAUUGGAAGGUGUAAGUUGGGUGUAAAUUAGGUUAGGGGGAUUCUGGGGACGAGAGACAGUUGGAGAGAUGGCGCCGCAGCUUCUGCCAUCGCAUGCGCACAAUGCAGCGGAUCUGGAAGCGGUUCUGUCGAAUGCCGACACAACCGUACGGAACAAGAGCCUCAUGUUCGCGCUCAUGCACAAGGUGCAGGAGCUGCCGCCCAUGUUCGUUGAAGCGGAGGACCAGCGCCCCGUGCUGGAGAUGGAGGCGAAGGCGAGUGACAUGAUCCCCAUUGUGGACUUGUCGCUCUUGAACUCUGAUGACCCGGCGGUGCGAAACGCCCUCGUGGCUGACAUUGCCGAGGCGUGCGAGAAAUUUGGCUUCUUUCAGGUCAUGAAUCACGGCGUGGAGGAAAGUUUGAUUCGCAGGUGCGAGGCAGAGGCGCACACGAUGUUCGAGCUUCCGCUGGAGGUGAAGGAGCGAGUCCACCGGCCUCCUCAGACCUCCUUCGGCUACGGAGCCAAUACUUGGGUCAACCAGACUGUUAUGCACUGGGCUGAGAGCUUCCACAUGCAGCUGUAUCCGAAAUCAAACAUCCGAGAAUUCUCGAGUAAACUCUUCGCCGAAAGCGAUCCCACCAAAUUCAGCUCGACAGUGGAAGAGUACAUGGCCAAGAUUGAGACCCUCGCGAGGCAACUCCUGGAGCUUCUCACGGAAGGCUUGGGAUUGGAGCCCACGUUGUUCAAUCAUUACGUGGAGCAAGAGCGCAUGAUGUCAAUGCGGUUCAACCUGUACCCUCCAUGCCCGCAGCCCGACCUCGCAAUUGGCUUGCGCGCGCACACCGAUCCUCACCUGCUCACCAUUUUGCACCAGGACGAGAUUGCUGGACUACAAGUGCACAUCGACGACCAGUGGAUCACCGUCAAGCCGCGCCCCAACUGCUUUGUCGUCAAUGUCGGUGAUCUCUUUCAGGUCUUGAGCAACACGAAGUACAAGAGCGUGCUGCACAGAGCAGCCGUGAACGGGACUUCCAAGCGUCUCUCCCUGGCCUGUUUCCUGAACCCGCCUCUGAGCGCAACGGUGGAGGCGCCCCCGGAGCUCAUCACACCCGAGCGGCCGCAAGUGUACCGCCCCUUCACAUGGGGAGAAUAUCUCUCUAACGCCUACAAAUUCCAUCCGGCCACUGGCGGUGAGCGGCACGAGCGGUUCUUCCUGGAGAGAUGACCUUGGCAUCAUCUCCACCGUGUUGGUUCAUGUUGUUUCUCUCGCAGCUUUGACCCCGUGACUCAAACGUGCGAUGCACCCAACUGGCAGUACCUACGUUCGGAGUAAAGCUCCGAGUAGGAAUAAAAAACACACACACACAUCGGCAAAGCAAAGGGUGUUUCACUCGUAUUGCAGCCAAACUGAUCCCACAACGGGCCAAUGUACCUCAUUCUUUCACUGGAAUGGUCAACCAUACCAUCGUUGAGCAUCUGGAGAUGGGAGGGAUACAACAAGUCCAUCAAAGACGAAAUCCAACAACAGAACCGGAAUGUGGAUGUGGGCAUGGUGAGGGAGCUCGCCGGCUGAUUCUCGGAGUCCAGUCAGGCAAGCUGGGGUAAAUACUUGAACAGGGAUUGAAGGUCGGAGGUCUGACGAACUGAAGAAGAUGAUUGACUUGAGCCUGUGUGGCAAUUUUGUGAGUGCACUUGGCAGGAGUUUAGAAGAGCGCAGUAGCAUAGUUAGGAGUUAGGAGGAGUUAGGAGGUGGUUGGUGGAGGAGCUCUCAUUUUGACAUCAGUCGGCUGGAUUGUUGUACAUUAGUAGCAAUGCUGAGGCCUCACUGGGAGGCAGGGAGGGAGGGAGGGAGGGAGGGAGCUGUGAACACACACACACACACAAUAUUCACCACUUGUGUAUAAUACCCCCAACUCUUGCAAGCAGUUGCUGUACAUUCGCGAAGUACAUGUUAUUGCUCCUGCCACAUCCCUCCCUCUCCCAAUUUUUUGAAUAAAACACACAAAAAUACACACAUA